AUGUAUUUAAGGACCGAUUUUAGUUCGUCAAGAAUUGUCCAUUAUGAUAGAAAAUUUGCUUAUGUACUCUGCUCUUGUGCCUAUCCUAGGCACGUAGUGGUAUUUAAUACCCAAAUUUCUAAGAUUGUGACGUGGCAUUUGUCUGUCCUCUCUCAAUCAGACCCAACUAAAAACUUUUGUCUGUCAAUAACUUCUCGGCUCCCACUAGCAACGUAUUUUCUAUUACGUUCAAGUUUAUCAUUACAUUGCCUCUCCAACAAAUUACGCUAUUGUAUCAUAUGUGAAAACUGCAUAAGGGGUGAAUCAAGGAGUUAUCGGACAUUGCGUUAUUGUGAUCUACCUGAAGGCCUUAAUUGUUCUUUUUUCCGUAUACCGUGUCUGAAAAAGUCAAGAGACAAUAAAUAUAAAGAUGUCAUAAUGAGGUCACCUAAACUUAUGCUAGCCAAGUUUAAGGAAUUGUUGUUACAAAAAGCUACAAUUGAGAAAUGUAAACGUGUUUUGUUUGUACUUGUCAACAAAAAUAUUCACGCUGUAUCGUGUGACAGUACACAAUAUGGUCCUACAGAAGAGUUACGCAAUCCAAUGAAGUUGAAAACAUGUAUUUUUACGCCUAUUAUACAAAUAGAUAUUAAUAACACAGGAGCCCUGUCGUGGUUUUAG